GGAAGAGCAAGAGGAAGAGGACAUCCAGCGAUUCCGGGACCACUCAUCGUUGGAAACGUCGGGGACUGGAAAGACCCGAUGAAUGACCAACACAGCCGCAGUAUAAGUGGUUUGGAUUAAUCUGGUGCCCGGGUCCCGGACAUAUAUUGUUUUGGGGAUUGAGAAUUUCGCAGCGGUACAGAUUCCUCUCUUUCACACCACCGCCAAUGGAGGAUCAUUCUCUCCCGCAAGGUUCUUAUUUCUUGGGAUUUGAUAGCUCUACGCAGUCAUUGAAGGCAACUGUUUUAGAUGCAAACCUGAACAUUGUGGCUAGGGAGAUAGUAAAUUUCGAUUCCGAUUUGCCUCAUUACAAGACCAAAGAUGGUGUUUAUCGAGACGCUUCGAUCAAUGGGAGAAUUGUUUCGCCCACUCUAAUGUGGGUGGAAGCAUUGGAUCUCAUUCUUCACAAGCUUCAGAAAUCUCAAUUGGAUUUUGGGAGGAUUGCUUCUGUUUCCGGCAGCGGCCAGCAACAUGGCAGUGUGUAUUGGAAAAAAGGGAGUAUUAGCACCCUAUCCUCAUUGGAUCCUACGCAGCCAUUGGCGGCACAGCUCAGCGGCUCCUUUUCGAUUAAGGAUUCGCCUAUUUGGAUGGACAGCAGCACGACUGAGCAAUGCAAGGCAAUCGAGAAGGCCGUAGGCGGUGCCUUGGAAUUGUCAAAGCUUACAGGUUCACGAGCGUAUGAAAGGUUCACAGGUCCUCAAAUUAGGAAAAUAUAUGAGACACAGCCGGAGGCUUAUGAUGCUACGGAGAGAAUCUCUUUAGUUAGCUCCUUCAUGGCUUCUAUACUUAUUGGCAGCUAUGCUUGUGUUGAUCACACUGAUGGAGCAGGGAUGAAUUUGAUGGACAUAAAAGACAGAGCUUGGUCGAAGAAGAUUCUUGAGGUAACGGCUCUGGGUUUGGAGGAAAAGCUUGGGAAUUUAGCACCUGCAUACGCCGUAGCCGGUUCAAUUUCCCUCUAUUUUGUGGAGAGGUAUCGUUUUGACAAAAACUGUUUGAUCAUUCAGUGGUCUGGUGACAAUCCCAACAGCUUAGCAGGUUUAACCCUUAACAGUCCCGGUGAUCUAGCAAUCAGUCUUGGAACCAGCGACACUGUCUUUGGAAUCAGCACUGAACACAAGCCGAGCUUAGAAGGGCACGUGUUCCCCAAUCCAGUCGAUACUAAUAGCUACAUGGUAAUGCUGUGCUACAAAAACGGUUCUCUGACCCGUGAAGAUAUACGUAACCGGUGCGCAGACAGCUCAUGGGACAUCUUUAAUUCGUAUUUGCAGAAUACUCAGCCGCUAAACGGCGGAAAGCUUGGCUUCUAUUACAAAGACUAUGAAAUUAUUCCUCCUCUCCCGGUUGGAUUCCACCGAUUCAUCCUUGAGAAUUUCACCAGUGAAUCAUUAGAUGGGGUGAAAGUUCGCGAAGUUACAGAAUUCGAUGCAGCUUCUGAGGUUCGAGCAGUAAUCGAGGGUCAGUUUCUCUCAAUGCGUGCUCAUGCUGAAAGAUUUGGGAUGCCUUCACCUCCAACACGGCUAAUUGCAACCGGCGGAGCAUCAAACAACGAAAACAUUCUCAGCUCAGUGGCUUCGAUCUUCGGCUGCAAUGUCUACAAAAUCCAGAGCUCAGACUCGGCUUCCAUGGGAGCUGCCCUCAGAGCAGCUCAUGGAUGGCUCUGCAACAAAAGCGGCAAAUUUGUGCCCAUUUCAUGCCUGUUCUCCUACAAUUUGGAGAAGACGUCUCUCAACUGCACACUGGCGGCGAGCCCCGGCGAUCAAGAACUUGUGAAUAAGUACACUCUUUUGAUGAAGAAAAGAAUUGAAAUUGAGAAUCAUCUGGUGGAGAAGCUAGGAAGGGUGUGAAGUAGUAAUAAUUUAAGUCACUGCUCAUUUUGAUCUUCUUGAAACCUAAUGGAUAUCAUUUAUUUCGUUUGCAAUAAAAAAUGCUUUUUGAAUGAGGAA